GGGGAUCUUGCUGGGGGUGGGGUGGGAGGAGAGCUUUAACUAUUAAGUGUGUGAAGUAGCACGACAUCGCGGACACAGGCGGACGGAGAGCCAGCAGAAAUGGAUACAAAUGACUCUGAGGUUGUUCAGCUGCAGCGGCAAACGGAUGAGGUGGUGGAAGUGAUGUACGCCAACGCAAGGAAAGUCACGGAGCGAGGAGGCAAGCUGGAAGUCCUGGACGACAGAGCCGAGAAGCUGCAGGAGGCGGGCAGACUGUUUCAGAAGACUGCAAAGCAGGUCGCUGUGCAGGAAGCGUCCAGGAACAGGAGGUGGAGGAUCAUCGUCGGAGCGGCCAUGGCUCUCACGGUCCUCGCCAUCGUCGUCAUCAUUGCCGCUGUGCUCGCCACGGCGUCUCAGAAAAGCCCGCGUCCCGCCGACGCUCGCGUCCAAAUGGCAGUGGUGACCACGACGCCCAACCGGCUAUGAACGCCAACUGGGUGCUGAGAAAGAUGCCA